AGCACGUCCGCGCAGGGAGCCCAGCGCAGUCCAGCUAGCCCGGCCCUUGUCCUGGCCCUGCCCGGCGAGGGGUUCGCACCAUGCCAGGCGCCCGAGGGUCCCCCGCAAGCCAGCUCCGUGCCCGCCUGCGCUAGGAACCUGUGUCCUGCCCACUGAAAGUGUGGUUGCUGCAGUCGAGCGUGGCUCAUCUCUACUUUUCCAUCGACCUACGUAGUGCCAACCCCUGGCCCAGGGACAGGCUCCAGGUUGGGUCGAGAUGGCAGCCACACCACCCCCGCCGCUCAUGAAGAAGCACAGCCAGACAGACCUCGUGAGCCGCCUGAAGACCCGCAAGAUACUCGGCGUGGGUGGGGAGGACGACGAAGGGGAGGUGCACCGCUCCAAGAUUAGCCAAGUCCUGGGUAAUGAGACCAAGUUCGCUGUUCGGGAGCCUUUGGGGCUCAGGGUCUGGCAGUUCGUGUCCGCUGUGCUCUUCUCCGGCAUUGCCAUCAUGGCCCUUGCAGUCCCUGACCAGCUCUAUGAUGCCGUCUUUGAUGGAGUCCAGGUGACCAGCAAGACUCCCAUUCGCCUCUAUGGAGGAGCUCUUCUCAGCAUCUCCCUGAUCAUGUGGAAUGCACUCUACACCGCCGAGAAGGUCAUCAUUCGAUGGAGUCUGCUCACGGAAGCCUGCUACUUUGGAGUCCAGUUCUUGGUGGUCACCGCCACGCUGGCCGAGACGGGCCUGGUAUCCCUGGGUGUCCUGCUGCUCCUCGCCAGCCGACUCCUCUUCGUGGCCAUCAGUGUGUACUACUACUACCAAGUGGGCCGGAGACCCAAGAAAAUCUAGAGUCCCCCGCGGCGGCAGUAGCCUCACUUUCCCUUCGGUUCCUGGAAGGCAGAAGGGGCCCUGCCCCUGUGUCGGGGACUCCCCUACACCCGCCCCCUGUACACCUGUGCUCCCACCUCCUUGGGCUUUCAGGUUGGAGAUCUGGGUAGGGGCAGGAUGGGCCCUACAUCCCCUUUCUUCACCGCAGACUGUGACGCUGCCUUUUGUGGGGUGUCUUGGGACAAGCUGCUGUACUGGGGGCCAGCAUCGGUCCAACAUGCCCCUCUCCUGAAGUGUGGCUGCCCCCACCCCC